ACAGAAGCUGGUUUGGACAGGUUACUAGAGGGCCGUCUUGCUAGUUCAUAGCCAGUGACAGCCUUUGUGGCGUCUAUGGAUCAUACAAACGGUGUCCAGCCAUGUGCUCCAACUGAACUGUUACUUGCAGCGCAAGCGUUCGUUGAUAAUGUAAUCAAAGAAUCUAUAAUUGAAUUUACAUCGGGACCAAAUACAUUGAGAAAAGGGUCCAUACUGAGAAAAGAUGUGACUGCUAUCGACCUGGGGAAGGGUCCCAGAAUCUCGUGGGCAGCUGAUCUGAACGAUGGAUCAGAGCGUAGCUGGAACCAGUCUUCGCCUGGGAGCGCAGACUCAUUCCCAUUCGCUGUACAUCCCAGAUGCGAAGACAUUAUUCGCGAGGACAAAAUGUUGUCUUCUGCUGACCAUCCAUACAAAACCCCUGAGCGGUCUUCGUACCGAUUAGCCCGGCAGCCGUCUCCUCUGUCUGCAGACUUGGAGCAAUCCAGCCCAGCCACGUUGUCAUCUGUCCAUGAGGAGAUGAAGUCUGCCGUGAACCAAAAUAACCCAGCAGCUCCGGUAUCGGAGACAUCAACUUCAGAAGCAAGGAAGGUUAGAAAUCCUCUGAAGUCGUUGAGGACGCGACUCCAGACAGGACCUUGCAAAGUCGCGCCCAGCUGUUGUCGGGAGUGUACCCAGGACAACGGAUGCUGCUUGCUUUCCUAACUUUUCCAGUGUCAGCGUUGCAUUCGACAUCAUCAUCAUACAAUUUAUUGUAUUUUUGUUGCAAAUGUGUCAUGUUGGAAAUCAUAAUAAUAACACUAACG